AGGAGGAUAUUUUUUCUAAAAGUCGCUUGAAAAAUGUCAACAAAACAGAUGGAUAAGAACAAGAAGUACGACCGUCAGCUCAGGCUGUGGGGUGAUCAUGGUCAACAGUCUCUUGAAACAGCCACAGUAUGCCUCGUCAAUGCUACAGCAACUGGGACAGAAAUCCUGAAGAAUCUUAUCCUGCCAGGAGUGGGGUCAUUCACCAUUGUUGAUGGAAACAAAGUUACGGGACAAGAUAUUGGAAACAAUUUCUUCCUUGACAAAGACAGUCUUGGAAAGAGUCGAGCCCAAGUUGCCACAGAGUUGUUGCUUGAACUGAAUGAAGAUGUCAGUGGCGAUUUUGUGGAUGAGAAACCAGAAGUUCUAGUUGAGAACAACCCCACAUUUUUCAACACAUUCAGCAUUGUCAUAGUGACUGAUAUAUCUGAAAAGGGUCUCCUAACAUUGGCGGACCUACUAUGGAAAAAUGGAGUACCAUUAUUGAUAACAAGAAGCUAUGGACUGAUUGGAUAUAUGAGGUUGGCUGUCAAAGAACAUACAGUGACAGAGUCCCAUCCGGACAGCUCACAUGAAGAUUUGAGGCUAGACCAUCCAUUCCCUGCCCUAGUUGACUUCUGCGAUAGCCUAAAUCUUGAUGAAAUGAGCAAGAAGGACCACAUGCAUACACCUUGGCUAGUCAUCAUAUACAAAUACCUACAAAUAUGGAAAGAGAGGCAUAACGGUGAUCCACCCAAAAAUUACAAAGAAAAAAAGGAAUUCAAAGAACUUAUAAAAACAGGAAUAAGAAGUAAAGAUGAAGAUAUUCCAGAAGAUGAAGAAAACUUUGAUGAAGCUAUAACACAUGUCAACUCAGUACUUGUUCCAACAAAGGUACCAGACAGCGUAUGUGAGAUCUUCAAUGACAAUGCUUGCUGUAAUCUGCAUACAGAGAGCUCAGCAUUUUGGAUCAUGGCACGUGCAGUCAAGGACUUUGUGGACCAUGAAGGAGAUGGCAUGUUGCCAUUACGUGGUAGUAUCCCAGACAUGACUGCUGACUCUGAGAGAUACAUUAAGCUACAAAAUGUUUAUAAGGACAAGGCAAAUAGCGACAUGAGUUUAGUAUACGCAAGGGUUGUCAACUUACUGAAAGCUAAUGGAAAGCCACAUGACUUCAUUGAAGAAGAAGAUGUUAGACUAUUCUGUAAAAAUAGUUAUUUCCUCAGACUGAUACGUGGCAGGUCAAUAGAAGAGGAGCACACGCCAGACCCUAAUAGUCUCUCACACAUAGCUUCACUAUUGGAUGACCCAUCGAGUGAAGACAUCACAUGGUACAUCCUGCUGAGAGCAGUCGAUAGAUUUCACGCCCAGUACAAUCGCUACCCUGGACAAUAUGACGAUCAGGUGGAGGCAGACAUAGCAAAACUCAAGGGCUGCGUGGGUAAGAUGACACAAGAAUGGGGACUCACCUCAAACAUCAAAGAUGACAUGAUUCAUGAAAUUUGUCGCUAUGGAGCUGCAGAGUUACAUUCUGUUGCGUCAUUCAUGGGUGGAAUAGCGGCUCAGGAAGCCAUUAAGAUUGUGACAUCACAGUUUGUGCCGUUCAACAACACAUAUAUUUAUAAUGCUAUGAAGCAGACUUCUAUGACAGAGCAGUUAUGAUAGAAGCCACAGUGGACCUGUGAUUUAGGGGCAUGAACAUUCACAUUGCUAUAACUUUGAAGCAACUGGUACUCAGUUAAGAAUUUGAAAACUGCCUGAUUGAGGAUUCAGAAUGUUGAAAAUAGUAUUGCUUCUAGCCUUUGCAUCCCCCACCCUGUUACAUAUCCUAUCUCCAAAAAGUGAUUGAUGGGAGGGGUUCAGACUCGAUGAAACACUGCUUGAAAAAUUGGUACCAGUUUUGGACAUUUCCUGAACUGAGGUUUGCAUUGAAAUAGAGAAUGGUGGAGAAGUAAAUGUAAGGAAUUUGACAAGCUAAAAGAAUCGGAAAACUCAAUGUAACUUAUUUAGAUGCAUGAUGCUACACUAGAAGAUCUUUUGGAAGACUUCAGAUCUUCAAGAUCUUCACUCACAAAUUCAUAUACUUCAUUAUUUUCCUGUUUUGUGAAAAUCCUAUAUAAUAAUAAUACAGUUUGAAUAUCCAUUUAAUGUUUGCUAUCUUUAGUUCUAAGCAUUUAAUUCAAUCAACACUCUUUAUGGGAAACAUUCCAUUUUAAGUCUACAGCCUUUUACAUGCAUUUCGAAAGGAACAGAGGUUAAUUUUUGAUUAUUGCAUACAGGCGUUAACCAAUAUGAAAACUAACAAGAGACUUUGUAAUGUUACUUUUCCUGUAUUGAUUUCACAUCUUUCAUAUCUACAGUUUUAUACAAUUCGUAAUACAUAGUCACACUGUAAUGAACAUUGUGUUUUGUUAGUAAUUUCCAUGUAACAGCCAAAUAUAUACCCAAAGUAAGCUACUUACUUUACUUGACCUAUUUCUGAUAAUAUGUGACAUACAGUGACAUAAUUCUUACAAUAUGUGACAUACAGUGACAUAAUUCUUACACUAUGUGAGAUACUGUGACAUAAGUCUUACAAUAUGUGACAUACUGUGACGUAAUUCUUACAAUGUGUGACAUACAGUAACAUAAUUCUUACAAU